AUGGAUUUCUUAAAAUCUGCAGCAUCACUCAUUUCAAAGGCAAACUUUAUGUUUCCUUAUGAUUUAGAUCAGAAAGUACCAUUGGCGAUAGGAUCGUUGUGGACUCUACAUAACGGAAGAAUAAAGCAAACGGGUGAACAGUGCAGCAUCUUUUCUAUUCCAAUUGCAGCAAAUCCCGAGUUGGUAAAGCUUACUGAACAAUCCGCUGAUCAGCUCAAAGUUAUCCGGCAUCCUUGCAUAAUAAAAAUACUGGCAACUUAUAAGGAUUCUACUACACUUUACAUAGCUACUGAAGUUGUCCGACCAUUAAUAGAUGAGUUGAGUUCAUCUAAUAAUUACCAUAAAAUAUGCGGUUUAUGGAGAGUAGCUUCUGCGUUGUUUUUCCUUGAGGAACAAAAUUUAAUUCAUGGAAAUGUUCAGCUGUCUUCUAUUUAUCUUAAUGAAAGUUACGAAUGGGUAUUGGGUGACUUUUUUCUAGCUGGCUCUAAUCCUAAUACCUUCAAAAAAAACUUUCAAAUACUAAAUCCCUUCAACUCAUUAGCCUCUUCCGGUGUGAGGGAUCUUGUUUUACACCGAGAAUUUUCACAAGUAGAUUGCAUCGAGUUUACUUAUCUGGUCUACCAAGUUUUUAAUUCAACUAAUACUAAAGCUGUUGACCUUAACCAAAGAGAGAAUAUCCCUGCUAGUAUACACAACUCAUUAAAAAAAUUGGUUUCACAGGAUUCCAAACAAAGAAUUAGUAUAUCUGAAUUUUUACGACUGGGUGAAAGACCUGGUGGGUUUUUUCGGUCCAAUUUUAUCGUCCUGGUGGACAUGAUAAAUAAAAUGCAAAUCCAGGAUCCAGCUGAUUGUCAAAAGCUUUUUGAAUUACUAAAAACCAAUUUAACUUUCCUAUCUCCAAAUUAUCUUCAAAAAAAAGUCUUGCCUGUGAUUUUUUUGAGCCUGAAGUCAGGUACAUCUACUAGUGCUUCAGAACUUUUAUUUUCAAUAGCAUUUACUAUAAAAGAUAAUAAGGAUUUUGAAAAAGAUUUUGGAAUCCCUCUUUUAUCAUGCCUGAAAACUGCAAAUAAUCGAGUACGGUCCUUGCUAGUGGAUGCGCUGUAUAAGCAUAACGAUUUUCUGCCGCCAACCUUAACAAGUGAUGAUGCUUUUCUAUUAUAUUGCAACUUUGUCAGGCUUGAUGAUCCAAAACUGAAGUUCUCAGCAAUUUUGCUUUAUUCCGCCAUAGCAUCGAAAAUUUCUAAGAAGGCAUUGAAUAACGACCUAUUGCGCACACUUGCCCUAUUACAGAAUGAUGCUCAACCGUCCAUUAGGAUCAAUUCAAUCAUAUGCCUUGGAAAGAUUUCGGAAUACUUGGACCAACACAUUCGAACACGUGUUUUAGUAGCCGCAUUGUCUAAAUCACUGAAAGAUCCUAUUGCUGAUGCCCGAAAAGCUACUUUGGAUGUUAUGUUAGCCACAGCUGCCUAUUUUUCAGCAAAGGAACUGGCCACAAAGUUCCUUCCAUGCAUAGUACCUUUAUUGGUCGAUGAUAAUGAGUCUUUACGUAUAUCAUCCGAAGAAGUCACUCAGAAAUUCCUAAACCGAAUCAAAGAUUUUAAUGAGGGAGAAGAAGAAACAUCAGUUGAAGUUCCUAGCAAGUCGUUUCUUAACAUCUUCUUCCGUCCGGCUUCCACACCUCGACCAAAAGAAAAUAACGCCAAUCAAUUUGAAGGAAUUCCUAAAAAUCAAGGUUCUUUUGACAGUGAAAAGACAAAAAGGAGCUCUGCAAAUACUAUUCUUUCUCUUGAGAGAUCUGAUGCUGCUCCCUCAGACGUCGAAACCGAGGAUCAACUUGAUGAAGAGUGGAUGCAAGAAUGGGACGACAAUGACAACGUAGAAGAGGAAUUAAACAACGAAGUUAAUAAUUGGGGAUUAUAA